CCUCCGCUGCUGCUGCCGCUGCGCGAGAUCUUCAAAGCAGAGACCCGCCACCGCCAGCGCGGGCAUGACAGCAGUAGUGGUCUUCCACCUCGAGCUUGCCUUUCCGUAGAGCUCAGUACCAAGACGUCCCCCAUUGAAACCGGUGGGAGAGGAGAGUAAACAACAACAACAACAGAAGAGAGAUUGAAUUAACAGUGUUUUCCGCUUCGCCCUCCGUUUAGAAGUAGAUGAGUCAAUGGCAGGGGCACAGCCGGGAGUUCAUGCACUGCAGCUCAAGCCCGUGUCCGUUCCGGAGAGCUUGAAAAAGGGCAACACGUUUAUGAAAUGGGAUGAUGACUCGACAACCGUGACCCUUGUGACCCUAACAGUUGACCCCAAAGGGUACUUCCUCUAUUGGACGGACCCAAACAAGGAAACGGAUCUCCUGGAUAUCGCCUACAUCAAGGACUCCAGAAACGGAAAAUGCACGAAAAGUCCCAAGGUAAGAAAAACAUCCCAACCGAUGAUUCUCUUUGCAUUUCAGUGUCUGCUUGAAGACUUUGUGUUUGUGUUGGUGUUCGUCCAUGUGUGUGUGUGUAUUUGUACAUGUGUUUGUAUGUCUGUGCCGGUGUGCGUCCAUGUGUGUGUGUGUGUGUGUGUGUGUGUGUUUUCUGUCGCAGCUGGCCAGCUUGCGGGGAGCUCCUCGGUGGAGAUGUACAAGCAGGUCCUGCUUUCGGGCUGCCGUUGCAUCGAGCUGGACUGCUGGAAGGGACGCACCACAGAAGAAGAGCCUGUCAUUACCCACGGCUUCACCAUGACAACGGAGAUCUCCUUCAAGGAGGUCAUCGAGGCCAUCGCAGAGUGUGCCUUCAAGACCUCCCCCUUCCCCGUCAUCCUCUCCUUCGAGAACCACGUGGACUCCCCAAAGCAGCAAGCCAAGAUGGCAGAGUACUGCCGGUCAAUAUUUGGAGACGCAUUACUGACAGACCCUCUGGAGAAAUAUCCACUGGAGUCGGGGGUCCCACUGCCCAGCCCGGGGGACCUGAUGGGGAAGAUCCUGGUGAAGAACAAGAAGAAGCACCACAAGGCGGGCGGCAGCGGCAAGAAGAAGCUGACAGAGCAGGUGUCCAACACCUACAGCGACUCCUCCAGCGUCUGCGAGCCCUCCUCCCCCAGCGCAGGGUCCACUAAAGAGGAGGCAGGGGACUCCUCCCAUCCUCCAGAGGGCGCUGAGCUCAGCCUGAGGCCACACGGCCGCAAGUCCAUCGGUGAAGUGGAGGCAGAAAGUGAUGAUGAUGAUGACGACGAUGACGACUGUAAAAAAGGCUCAAUGGAGGAGGGUACAGCGGGGAGUGAAGCUUUUGCAACAGAAGAGAUGUCUAACCUGGUCAGCUAUAUCCAGCCAGUGAAGUUCCACAGCUUCGAGGGCUCCAAAAAGGUGAACCGCAGCUACCAGAUGUCCUCCUUCGUGGAGACCAAGGCCUUGGAGCAGCUCACCAAGUGUCCAGUGGAGUUUGUGGAGUACAACAAGAUGCAGCUGAGCAGGAUCUACCCCAAGGGCACCCGGGUGGACUCCUCGAACUACAACCCCCAGCUCUUCUGGAACGCUGGCUGCCAGCUGGUGGCCCUCAACUUCCAGACCAUUGACCUGUCCAUGCAGCUGAACCUGGGCAUGUACGAGUACAACGGGAAGUGUGGGUACCGGUUGAAACCGGAGUUCAUGAGGCGACCGGACAAACACUUUGACCCGUUCACCGUGAGCACCGUGGACGGGAUCGUCGCCAACACACUGUCCGUGAAGAUCAUCUCAGGCCAGUUCCUGUCCGAUAAGAAGGUGGGCACCUACGUGGAGAUAGAUAUGUUUGGCCUGCCCGUGGACACCAAGCGGAAAGCCUUCAAGACCAAGACCUCCCAGGGCAACGCCAUCAACCCGGUGUGGGACGAGGAGCCCAUCGUCUUCAAGAAGGUCGUGCUGCCCACCCUGGCGUCGCUGAGGAUAGCGGUGUUUGAGGAAGGAGGAAAGGUCAUAGGUCAUCGCAUCAUCCCUGUGUCCGCCAUCCGACCAGGAUACCGCUACAUCGGCCUCAGGAACGAGAAGAACCAGUCCUUGAACAUGCCCGCCUUGUUUGUCUACUUGGAAGUCAAGGACUACGUCCCAGAUACAUUCGCCGAUGUCAUCGACGCCUUGUCUAAUCCGAUCCGUUAUAUCAACCUGAUGGAGCAGAGAGCCAAUCAGCUGGCUGCCCUCACCCUGGAGGAGGAGGGAGAGGAGGGGGCUGACAAAGAGGCGGACGCAGGGGGGGACGCCCCGUCUGAACCCAAGGUGGACCAGCGGGCGGCGGUGCCCUCGGAGAACGGCCUGAGCCACACCCCAGUCAGCGCCCCCAAGCCCCCCUCCGUGGGGGGGCACCAGCCCCAGCCCACAGGCUCCCUGAAACCUUUGGUGAAAUCGGAAGACAUCAUCCAUACAGUUCUCACCGAGAUGGAGGCCCACUCGGUGGAGGAGCUGAAGCAGCAGAAGGGCUUCGUGCGGGAGCAGAGGCGGCAGUACAAGGAGAUGAAGGAGCUGGUGAGGAAGCACCACCGCAAGACGGGCGAGCUGAUCAAGGAGCACGGGGCGCGGGCCGGAGAGCUGCAGAGCCAGCACCAGCGGCGCCGCUCGGCCCUGGUGAAGAGCCGCAAACGAGACGGUAAGAAAAGCAGGUCGGAGGCAUCCCUGAGCUCCCUGGACCAGGAGCUGGGGGAGGUGGAGAAGGAGUGGGCCCAGCAGCUGGCCGACCUGAAGGAGCAGCAGCAGCAGCAGCUCCUCGCGCUGCGGCAGGAGCAGUACUACAGCGAGAAGUACCAGAAACGAGAGCACAUCAAGCAGCUGGUGGAGAAGUUGACCGCCAUAGCGGAGGAGUGUCAGAGUUCCCAGACGAAGAAGAUCCGAGAUAUCUGUGAGAAGGAGGAGAAGGAUCUGAAAAAGAAAAUGGACAAGAAAAGGCAGGAGAAGAUCAACGAGGCCAAGUCCAAGGACAGAAAUGCUACUGAAGAGGUGAAGAUGGAGAUCAACAGAUCGUUUGUCAAUGAAGUUGUGCAGUACAUCAAGCGGCUGGAGGAUGCCCAGGGGAAGAGGCAGGAGAGGUUGCUGGAGAAACACAAGGACGUCCGCCAGCAGAUCAUGGAUGAAAAGCCAAAGCUGCAGAGCGACCUGGACCAGGAGUACCAGGACAAGUUCCGCCGGCUGCCCGUGGAGAUCCAGGAGUUCGUCCAGGACAGCAGCAGGACCAAGCUCCGGGACGACCCGAGCCUGCAGAGCAGCCUGUCGGUGUCCUCCAUCAGCGAGAGGCUCAGCAAGGCCCUUCAGUCCGAGGAGGAGACGGAGGACGGGUCCACGGAGCGAGUGUACGACACGCCCCUCUAGGGACACUUCGGAGGACAACCCCCAAUCCCCCCAGCCCCCCCCCCCCCCCCCCCCCCCCAUCCACGUUUCGACGAAAACGCCCCGGCGUCGCGAUCCGGGACACUUGAUUGGGUGGCGAUGUUUGUGACCACCGCAGACAGAAAGAUGAAGGGCCCUUCCCAACAUCCGCCUGCGGUCUAUAGGUUAACCAAUGGGAGGAUUAGUUGAUAUCUGAGCCUAGCUAGGUGAGUAGAGAUUGCCUCUGCACCCCCCCCC